GACGCGCCUGCACGCCUGUCACCCUCCGCGGACGCCGCCUGCCGACAAUCGCAAUGGACUACUUAAGUUCCGACCAUCCCCCCCCGGCACAAGCUGAUCUUGAUUCCUCUCAUCCUUCUUCCUGAUAUGCUCUGAGUAUCCCCGGGUUUGCGACCAACCGUCUCUUAUCGUUCCCCCCCCCGUUGCCCAUUGCCAGAAUGUCUCUUGCAGCUCAAGGGCCCGCGUUGGCCACCUCGGUCAGCGCCCACCCCUUUGAUCCCGUCCGACCCCACGAGAUCCGUCUGGCUGCCCGCAUCCUGGAGGCUGCCUUCCCCGGUGUCAAGCUUCGAUACAAUCGCAUUGAUAUCCACGAACCCAUCAAGAAGGAUGUCAUUCCCUACAUCGAGGCGGAGAGGUUGCGGAAACCCCUCCCUCCUAAGCCUGCCCGCCUGCUGUACUCCUACUUCCACCGCCUCGAUACCGGUGCCUGCUGCAAGGCCGUGAUCAACGUGGACGCCACAUCCAUCAUCUACGUCAAGACAUUGCCCGCAGGCGUCCAGCCUCCGGUAGAUAUUGAUGAGUUGAUCGUGAUCGAAGACAUUUGCAUGAAGCACCCUGCGGUCCUGGCGGAAAUCGAGAAACUGAAGUUACCACCGGGCAUGACCGUUUGCAAUGACCCAUGGAUGUACGGCACCGAUGACCGGAAUGAGACGAGACGCAUGUUCCAAUGCUUCAUGUAUAUGGUGGAAGUGGACCACCCGGAAAACAACCAUUACUCCCUACCAUGCAAGUUCUCACCGGUCUUCGACGCCUUUACACUGGAGUUGAUUCGUAUGGAUUAUUUGCCCGGUGGCUCGGAUGCUCAGACCGAGGAGACUCAACCCUGGAAGCCGGUCAAGGCCGUUCAGUAUGCCCAUGACUUGCAGGAUGGGCCCCUUCGCACAGACCUCAAGCCAUACAUUGCCCAGCAACCGGAGGGUCCCUCCUUCUCUGUGGAUGGUAACUUUGUCUACUGGCAGAAUUGGCGGUUCAGGGUGGGCUUCAACAACCGCGAGGGCAUGGUCCUUUACAAUAUCACAUACGACCACCGCAGCGUCUUCUACCGCCUGGCUGUCUCUGAGAUGACAGUCCCUUACGGAGACCCCCGCGCCCCGUACCAUCGCAAGCAGGCUUUUGAUGUUGGUGAUGUCGGUUUUGGUCUCAAUGCCAACCAGCUGACCCUCGGAUGCGAUUGCCUGGGUCACAUCAAGUACUUUGACGGCUACCGGUCUGAUUGCAAGGGAAACCCGGUUCUUCUCAAGAACAUCAUUUGCAUGCACGAGCAGGAUAAUGGUAUUCAGCACAAGCACACCAACUACCGAUCUGGCGCAGCUACUGUGGUGCGCAACCGCCAGCUGGUUCUUCAGAUGAUCUGCACCGUUGCCAACUAUGAGUAUAUCUUCAACUACAUCUUUGACCAGGCGGGCAACAUCGAACUUGAAGUCCGCGCUACUGGAAUCCUGUCGACCGUGCCUUUUGAUAACGAGAAUGGCGAGACUGUCUCAUGGGGUACCAACGUGGGCCCUGGUGUCAUGGCUCCGUUCCAUCAACACAUGUUCUCCCUUCGGAUCGAUCCGGCCCUUGAUGGGUUCAAAAACACAGUUUACUACGAGGAAAGCGUUCCUCUCCCGGAGGACGAGAACAACCCCUACCUGGUGGGCUACACCACGGAGCAAACCGUGGUUGACAGGUCCGGCUCCUCCAACCUGGAUAUCAGCCGCAACCGGGUCUUCAAGAUCCGCAACGACGAUGUCAUCAACCCCAUCACAUACAAGCCCAUCGCUUACAAACUCCACGCGGCACCUAGCCAGAUGCUCUUGCAGAGCAACAAGGCCAUUGGCUACGGCCGGGCUGAGUUUGCUAGCAAACCCAUCUGGGUGACCAAGUACCAGGACGAUGAGCUGUACGCGGCUGGCGAGUUCACCAACCAGAGCAGCCGCGCCGUCGGUGUCGAGACCUGGGCUAAGAGGAACGAUCACACCGAGAACGAGGAUGUGGUUCUCUGGCACUCGUUCGGACUUACCCACAACCCUCGUGUCGAGGACUUCCCUGUGAUGCCCAUGGAGCGUAUCAGCGUCAUGCUCCGUCCCGAUGGGUUCUUCACUCGCAACCCUGCGCUGGAUGUGCCACAGUCCUCCCAGGCCUUCAACAAAUCCACCCUGCACCCAGAACCUGCUGCUGCCGCCGUGGCCUCGUGCUGCGCCGGUUCUGGAGCUAACAAGGCCAAGCUUUACAAGCGCGUGGACUAGAGCGGAACCGAGUCAUUGUUUGUUCACGGUGGUCAUUUUGGGAAAAGGGCACCUGUACGAUUUAUGAAAGCACGUGCUGGCGUUACGAGGACAUGCAUGUAUAUACCAUUAU